AUGACGGGCCAGGAUGACUUGUCGUCAUCCUUUGUGGAGACCGUAGCAGGAUUCACCGCGGGCAUAGCUUCGACCCUCUGUCUACAUCCGCUCGACCUAGUCAAAACGAGACUUCAAGUCGAUCGAAAUUCAUCAUCGCGUCUCGGCAAUUCAAUUCGAAUUAUCAAAGAAAUCGCCAAAAAUGAGGGCGGCGCUACCGCAUUCUACAGAGGUCUAGCUCCAAAUUUGCUAGGAAACUCCACCAGCUGGGGCUUGUACUUUCUACUUUAUAGCAGUCUGAAGGAUGCUCUUUGUUCAUACCGAGAACAGGAGGCAUGGAUGCUCACAUCCUCGGAUUACUUUCUUGCCUCGGGGACUGCAGCGCCAAAUUUAGGUGCAUUUACCUCUAUCAUUACAAACCCUAUCUGGGUAAUUAAAACCCGCAUGCUGUCCACAGGCUCUCGGGUUCCCGGUGCCUAUCCAUCAUUUUCAGCGGGAGCAAAGCAAAUUUACCUCAAAGAGGGUAUACCCGGGUUCUAUAGGGGGCUGUUCCCGGCAUUGUUCGGGGUUAGCCAUGGUGCUCUUCAGUUCAUGGCGUAUGAGUCGCUAAAGAAGAUGCGAUCCCGAUCAUUGGAUAAUGAGCAUGGGCAUGGGGCGGACACAGCAAAUAUAGAAACACGGCUUGGAAAUCUAGAUUUCCUUGCGCUAUCUGGUCUAUCGAAGCUAUUUGCGGGCUGUGUCACUUACCCAUAUCAAGUGAUCCGAUCACGUUUGCAAUCAUAUGAGGCACAAGCUUUAUAUCGUGGUGCCGCCGAUGCAAUCUUCAAGAUCUGGCAGAGGGAAGGACUUCCAGGCUUUUAUAAGGGCUUGGGUCCGAAUCUCUUGCGGGUGUUACCAAGCACAUGGAUGACUUUCUUGGUGUACGAGAACACCAAGGCCUUCUUACCUAGAAUGAUGGCAAAUAAGUGA